AUGUCGCUUAGCGAGGCGCAACGCGAGCGCUUCUCCCUGCAGUUUCUCAUGUUUGACAAGGACUCCGACGGCCGCAUCACGACAGACGAGCUGGGGCCGCUGCUGCGCGUCUGGGGCUUCUGCCCCUCCGAGGCGGAGGUGCAGGCGGCGGUGCGGCUCUUAGACCCCGACGGGGCGGGCGUCGUCACGAAGGCGCAGGCCCUCAGCACCGCCGAGUCCAUGCAGAAGCAGGUGACGGCGGAGGUGGACGUACGGGAGGCGCUCCGGGUGCUCGACGCCGACGGCGAUGGUUUUCUCACCACCGCCGAGCUGCGGCACAUCCUCCUGAACUUAGGCGUCCGGCUGCCGCUGGAGCAGGUGGACGAAGUCAUUUCCGACGCCUACGCGGACGACGAGCACCACAUCAACAUAGACGAGUUCGCCCGCAUGCUCUUUGCGGGCACGCAUGAGGGAAGGGUUGACCUUUGA